AUGAAGUUGUUUCAAUGGGUGCAUCGAAAACUUCAGCAGAAAAAUAUUGAUCCCUUCAAGGAUUUCACUCUUGGAAAUCCUUGUGCUCACCUUACAGUGCAGCUAACAGUUGACAGCCAAUACUCUAAGACAAAGUCAAGCUACAGUUCCAUCAACCAUUCCUGUUUCUUAAAGCCGCACUAUCAGGAAAGUCAAACAACUUGGUGCAGAGAAGAAGAAAUAUCAUCUGCAGCCAUAUCUGAGCUCUUUGAAGGCUUUCUGACAAUUGGAACACUUGGUGCAGAAGCAAUUACCAAUGAGCCAGCAGCACCAAUAUUUGCUACGCCUUUAGAAAACAUACCUACGGAAGAUGCAGACGUGACAGAGACUGAACUGAAUCUCAUAAGUUACGAGCUUGAGAAAUUCCUUGAGGCUGAAGAAGAAUGUUUUUAUGAAUCAUCAAGAAAAAACAGUCUUAGCAACAUCACACUUAGCAGAAAGCAAACAGAUGGAUCCGAUGCUGAAGAUUAUGAAAACAAGGCAGUAUGUCCACUGCAAGGAUAUUUAUUGGGGUCAUCGCUCGAAAUACCAGAGAAGGUAGAAGUGAGAGAAAAGUCGGCAUCACUUGCUGAGCUAUUUCAAAGGACAAAGACAGCAAAAGAAGACUGUGUAGAGACAGGAGUAAAAGAGAAACAAGUCAAGCAAGCACACAAGUCUUCCAUGCAUAUUAUGAAAAAGAUGUGGAAAAAGAUCUACAGUUCCUCAAAAAGCUGUAGCACUGCCGGGAAUAUAGCUGAUUCUACUACAACAAAUGCAAAGCUCUGUAAGGUUCCACGCAAGUUUCACAGAAAAGUCUAUCCUAAAGACACCACUAAUGCAAAAAGUGUUACUAAAUCCCACAAAGCUGACAAGGGAGACACCAGAAACCCAGAUCCUGGCAGAAGAUUUCAUUCAGAUAGCAAGUCAAAAAAGAGCUCUAAACACUGCGACAGCAUCUGGAACCCAUCGCAAGAUGGCCUAAGUUGCGGUGGUUUGACUGGGAACAAUGAGCACUGGAUCAAAACAGAUGCCGAGUAUUUGGUGCUGGAGCUGUAG